UGUUAGAAGACCGUCGGACUGCACCACAGAGGAAUUAUCUCUGAACAAGCAGCUAGCUUACCGGGUAGAUGUAUUCUUAUCAUUUCAUCCUUAUGCUAAACCACUGGCCUUGUUAGUUGCCACUCUGCUCCUUAUUUGUCUUGGUGGCUUAGCACUUUUUGGCGUGACAGACGAUAGCAUAGCAGAUUGCCUUUGGUUAUCAUGGACUUAUGUUGCAGAUUCAGGAAAUCAUGCUAAUUCUGAAGGCAUUGGUCCACGCCUGGUGUCAGUUUCUGUUAGUUUUGGUGGAAUGCUGAUAUUUGCCAUGAUGCUCGGACUAGUUUCUGAUGCAAUCUCUGAGAAAUUUGAUUCACUCAGGAAGGGAAGAAGUGAAGUACUUGAGAAGAACCACACACUUAUACUUGGUUGGAGUGAUAAACUGGGAUCGUUAUUGAAUCAACUCGCAAUAGCUAAUGAGAGUUUGGGGGGAGGAACUGUUGUAGUCAUGGCCGAGCGAGAUAAAGAAGAGAUGGAACUUGAUAUUGCUAAAAUGGAGUUUGAUUUUAGAGGAACUUCUGUCAUAUGCAGAAGUGGAAGCCCCUUGAUUUUGGCUGACCUGAAAAAGGUUUCUGUCUCUAAGGCUCGUGCAGUAGUUGUCCUUGCUGAAGAUGGGAAUGCUGACCAGAGUGAUGCCCGUGCUCUGAGGACAGUUUUAAGCCUUACAGGAGUAAAGGAAGGACUUCAGGGCCACCUAGUGGUUGAACUC